AUGACAGCGAUAAACCUUACUAGAAAACCUUUGGCUAAAGUCUCGAUCUUUUGUAUCGUUUCGGGAGCGCCAAACACACUGGGUCUCGCAGCGCCAUGUCAUCAUUGCACUGACAUACUCGGGUUUAUGGUCAAACCCGUAACGGUUGUAAAGGAUGCCGCCAUAGUAGAGGGAAUAAGCACUUCAGUGGCAGCUGGAUUUGAGCCAUGCGAGGAGAUUGACACAGAUGUAGUCAGGCUGAUGCAAGGUUUGAGGCGUAAGUUCGGAAAUUCCGAGUAUCAAAAAGGAAUCGGGUUCGUAAUUCUACGGUGCUAUUUACACAAGCGUAGGCAAAAGUGCACAGCAAACGCCCACUGUUCACGCAGUGUCAACGUCCGCGCACCAAACAACUGCGAGCGGAAUGAUGGCUCAGUGGCGUGGGUUGCAGUUGUUCCUUCCGACGACAGUCUCGUGAUUCUCAGUGAACGUGUGACCACACGAAACUCAUGA